CACAAUGGCAGCCACUAAACUUGCAACUCUUGGGUUCGUUUUCCUCUUGGGUGUUGGAUUAGCCAAUGCUGUGAGGGUAGCUAGAUACUCGGCGUCCCAAGGAAUUGGCAGUGGAGAAGGAAGGGGUGGUGGUGAUGUGGAUGGCAUUGGCUCAGGGUCCGGGGCUGGGACGGGGUCUAGCCAGAGUAGUGCGAGUAGUGGUGCUAGCUCACGCAGUGGAGGCGGCGGUGGAGGUGGUGGGAGUAGCCAGUCUAGUGGAGCCGGAAAUGGUCGAGGAGCAGGCCAGGGCUCAAGCUCUAGCACGUAUAGUGAUGGAAUUAGUGGUGGCGGCUCUUCUAGCGCAGUCGGUGCUGGCCGUGGUGCUGGCCAAGGAAAAGCCGGAGGCGGUUAUGGAUCCAGUGGGCACGGAUACGACGGUGGCACUAGCUCCGGCUCUAGCUGGGCUACUAACGUCCUUGGUGGACCAACUCUAGCAUCUGCCAACGCUGAAGGCCACGGUGGUGCCAUGGGAACGGGAGAAAACGGUGGGAGCGGUGAUGGCCAGGGCGCGGGAUCUGGCGAUGCUGAUGCACACCCGUAAAUUCUCCACUAAUUCAAACAUGGAAGCCCAACUUAGUGUUCCGCUUUGAUGCAAGAUAAUUUGCUUUCAUCUUUUUUAUUUGUACCCACUUUUGUGCAUUGGUUAGUUGCAAAUAAAGGGCUUCAUAUGUAUUUCAUAAAUAUAUUGUAAUGUAUUAUACCAUAUAUAUA